AUGCCACCAAAGAAAGCAGACAAAGCUGCACCUAAGAAAGGUGCAAAGGGGGAAGCAAAAGAAGAUACAAAGGCAGCAAAAGAUGACAAGAAAGGGGGUAAGGGAGGCAAAGGGAAAGAGGAUCCAAAGAAAGGAAAAGGAAAGGGCAAACAAGCUCCUAGUGAAUCUGAGGAGGCCUCCGAGGUGGAAAGAAGUGAGGCUGAGGACAGUGAAGCAGUGGAUGAAGAGGAUGUGCAAAGUGAGGAUGAUGGUGGUAAAAAGGGAAAAGGAAAAGCUGCUCUGAAGGGAGCGUCCAAAGCUAUGGCAGUAAAGGCUGUAGCUAAGCCAAAGCGUGGCCAGGCAGCAGAGGAAGGUGUUGAUCCAAAAACUGGUAAGCGUGCCAAUAUUAAGGCUGCAUCAAAAGCUGUGACAGGAUUCCAACCUGAAGAGAAGAAGCCACAACUUCAGCUAGGUAAAAUGAAGGACAUAAACCUGAAAGGGGCCUCUUCAGCUAUGAUGGGCUUUGCUGUUCAGGGUCAGCAGGAUGUUCAAAAGAAAGAGGAUGCAAAAGCUAAUUUAAAAGGUGCUUCUAAAGUUCUCACAGGUCUGACAGGAAAGUCCCCAUUUUUUUCAAAGCCUGCCCCAAAACAGUCUAAAAAGCUAAAAAGCACAUCUAGGCUUUUUAUGGGACUAUCUGGCAGCAAGAAGAAAAAAGGUAUGACACCAAAGGCAUUACAAAGUACAUCAAAGUUGUUUUCAGGUUUCGGAAAGUCCAAAGCUACAGAAGAUGACAAAAAUAAAAAAGAGGAGGGUGGAAGAACACUCUUAUUACUCAGUAUUGGUGGAAAGGCGAAUAAAAAUGCAGCAGCCACCUCUGGACUGGGAGGCAAAUUCAAAGGCUUUUUUGGUAAAAAGAAAACUGGAGCUGCACAAUUCAAGAGUAAAGGAUGGGCUCUGGGGAAGAUAGCAGGAGCAGCAAACUGGCUAACUAACAAAUUCAUCUCAUCCAAAGCAUCUAGACGACUAGGUCGCUCUGUUCGUUAUGACAGGUCAAGUGUGGGGCGAUAUCACGGCUAUCAGAAUGGAGGUUAUGAAUAUGAUGAGGGUGAGUUCAGCUAUGAGGAAGAUGACUAUGUUCAAAGCAGUUAUAGCAGAAAUAAUCCCCGGGGACGAUAUAGAAGCAGAAAUCAUGACAGCUAUGGUCAGGGGCACUAUAGAGGACCACAUCAGUAUAACUACUUUGAAGAUGACCAGGAGUAUUAUGAUUAUCCUGAAGAUGAGUAUGGAUUCUAUGAUGAGGAGAACGAAUACUAUGAUCCGGUGUAUGAGGAUGAGUAUGGAGAUGAAUAUCUUGAUGAAGAUUAUUAUGAUCAGUAUCAGUAUGAUGGAAGACAACCUUAUGGUUAUUAUGAUGAUGAUAGAAUGGACUACGGUUACAGGCACCAGAGAAUCGAUGAAUUUGGAUACCCUGUUGAUGGUAUGGAAUACUAUGAUGAAAUGGGUUAUGCGAUGGAAGAUGAAUUUGGCUACCUUGGUAAUGAUGUGGAAUAUUAUGACUAUGGAUACUAUCCAGAACAGUUUGACUAUUAUGGUGAUCAGCAAAACUAUUAUAGUCACUAUGAUGGUGUUUCAGAUGCCUACAUGAUGUAUCCAGGUUAUCAAAAUGCAUACAAUCAAAACCAGUACAUGUACAGCGGAGAAACCGCUGCGGUUUACAUUGACCCUCAGAUGGCUGUUAACCAGCCAUUUAUGUACACGGUGGAGGACGUCAUGGAACCAACAGAACCCUCAGAAAUGUAUGACCUCAGAGACCUCUUUCACCAUCACCAUCAGUGUUUUCUGGCAGAAUUCAACAUGACCCACAACAUCUGCCUACUCGUUCAUCCACACGUAGAUUCAGAGGAUUUGAGAAAUCCUACUCCUUUCCAGCAAGCACAGGAUUAUUCCUCCCCUUUGUCAAAUGCAUUAAAGAAUCCAAGCCUUCAAGGUGCCUCCUUUCGACUACCUGAUACAUCAAUAAUAUCUAGGAAUUUCGGAGGCCAAAAAGAGGAGACUACUACAUCUGUUCUGUCAAAUGCUUUGCAAAACCCUAAUCUCCGGAAAGCAACUUACAGGCUCCCAGAUGGUACAAUAAUAUCAAGAAAUGAGCCAGCACAACCAGCUCCAUCUUCUUCACUGUUAUCCAAUGCUCUUCAGAAUCCUAACAUUCGAAAAGCAAGUUACAGGCUUCCCGAUGGAACACUUGUAUCCACUAGCACUGAUGAAGCCGCGGACACAACAAAUUCCUCACCAUACCUGGGAAGUGCUCUGCAGAAUAUUAACCUACGUAAAGCAUCUUAUAAACUACCUGAUGGCUCUCUCUUUUCUCGAAACCAACCAGCAGAACAGUCAUCCUCUCCAUGUCUUUCAAGUGCUCUUCUAAAUUCAAACAUUCGUAAAGCUUCCUACAGACUUCCUGAUGGAACCCUUUUGACUAAGAGCUCUGAACAAGAACCAGAGAAAUCAAUUUCAUCUAAUUUGUCAAGUGCACUACAAAAUGUUGGUAAGGCCAACUAUCGCUUACCUAGUACCUCUAGUCUGUUUAGAAAUCCAAAACAAGUGCAAGCUCCCCCUUCAAUGCUGUCCAGUGCCCUUCAGAACCAAAACCUUCGUAAAGCAUCUUACAGAUUGCCUGAUGGAUCAAUCGUGAUAAGAGGUCAACCAGCUCAAAGUGAAUCUCCCACAUCACCCUUUCUGGGAAAUGCCUUGACGAACAUUAACUUACGCAAAGCAUCCUACAAGUUGCCGUCAACACUGGGAUGUUCUCCAGAGGACCCAAGGUACGCAGUAGUGACCCCUCAGAUUCAGGGCCAGUCUGGUGAACACUGGGCUCAGAAUCAAAUACUAGAUCUUCAUGAGCCAGAUGAUGUCUGGUCUUCAGAAAGAGUCCUCCCUCAUCAUACUGUUCAGAACCUCACAAAAUGGUCCAUGUAUAGGGAUGAAGAACUGGAGAAUUUUGUCAUCCCUGUGUUUCCUGGCCAAGAGACAGAUAGCACAGAACCUGCAUGGCUACCAGAUAGAGAAGGUGAACCUCAAGGGAACUGGUAUGACAAGAUGUACUCAAUUCGAAGUCUGCCCACAAUGCUGUACCGUGAACGUGCAGAGGAGGAUGGCUUUGAGGACAUGACACAGCUUGAGGAGCUGCACGAAGGUGCUGUGUUACUGAAUUUGAAGAAAAGGUUUGAAAGCAAUUUGAUAUAUACUUACAUUGGAAGCAUCCUGGUGUCUGUUAACCCAUACAAGAUGUUCAACAUCUAUGGAACAGACAUGGUUCUGCAACACAAAGGACAUGCGCUUGGAGAGAAUCCUCCACAUCUAUUUGCUAUUGCAAAUGCCUCAUACACAAAAAUGAUGGAUGCCAAAGAAAACCAGUGCAUUAUUAUCAGUGGGGAGAGUGGCUCUGGUAAAACAGAGACCACAAAGCUAGUUCUCCGGUACUUAGCCGCAAUACAUCACAAACAGAACAUCACACAGCAGAUUCUUGAAGCAACUCCUCUUUUAGAGUCUUUUGGAAAUGCCAAAACUGUACGGAACGAUAACUCCAGUCGAUUUGGGAAAUACAUGGAAAUAUUUAUGGAAGAAGGGGUAAUCAGCGGUGCCAUAACCUCACAGUAUCUACUUGAAAAGUCCAGGAUUGUGUUUCAGGCCAAAGAUGAAAGAAACUAUCACAUUUUUUAUGAGAUGCUUGCUGGCCUUCCUUCACAGCAGAAACAGUCUUUAUACCUUCAAGACGCAGAGACGUAUUAUUACCUCAAUCAAGGUGGAGACUGUGAGAUUGUUGGCAAAAAUGAUGGGGAGGACUUCCGCAGGCUCCUCAGCGCCAUGGAAAUACUUCACUUCAGUGCCGAAGACCAGAGCGGUAUCUUCAGGAUCCUGUCUUCCAUCCUCCACUUAGGAAAUGUCUUCUUCGAGAGAUAUGAGACUGAAUCUCAGGAAGUGGCAUCAGUUGUGAGCGCUCAGGAGAUCCGAGUGGUGGCUGAAAUUCUACAGAUUUCCCCAGAGGGUCUACAGAAGUCCAUUACUUUCAAAGUCACGGAAACAAUGAGGGAAAAGAUCUUCACCCCCUUGACUGUUGAGAGUGCAGUUGAUGCCAGAGAUGCUGUUGCCAAGAUCCUGUAUUCCCUUCUGUUCAGCUGGCUAACAGACAGAAUAAAUAGGCAGGUUUAUCCUCGGAAUGAAGCACUUUCUAUCUCCAUACUUGAUAUCUAUGGAUUUGAGGACCUUACCUUCAACAGUUUUGAACAGCUUUGCAUAAAUUAUGCAAAUGAGUACCUUCAGUUCUUUUUCAACAGGGUCAUUUUCAAAGAAGAACAAGAUGAAUAUAACAGAGAGCAAAUCAGCUGGGAAGAGGUGCCUUUCUCUGACAACCAGGCCUGUAUUGACCUCAUUGCAGCAAAGCCACAUGGGAUACUCCGAAUUCUUGAUGACCAGAGCGGGUUUCCACAGGCUACAGACCAUACCUUCCUUCAGAAAUGCCACUAUCAUCAUGGCAACAAUCCACUGUAUUCCAAGCCAAAAAUGCCUCUCCCUGAAUUUACUAUCAAGCAUUAUGCUGGGAAGGUCACUUAUCAGGUUCAUAAAUGUCUGGAUAAGAAUUACGAUCAAGUUCGCCAGGAUGUUCUUGACCUUUUUAUUCAGAGCAAAAACAAGAUGGUUGCAUAUCUCUUUAUGAGUUAUGCUGAGGCCCUCAACCAACAGAAAUCCCAUGUUGGGAAGAACAGCACAGUAACGCGGCGCCAUCAGGCCUCAACGGUGGCGGCCAAGUUCCAGCUAUCCCUCAUGGAGCUCAUUGAAAAGAUGGAGAGAGCCAACCCAUAUUUUGUGAGGUGCAUAAAGCCAAACCAAAACAAGGAGCCUGGUGUGUUUGACAUGGAGCUGGUCAGUGCCCAACUUAACUAUUCAGGGAUUUUGGAAACAAUUCGAAUCAGGAGGGAGGGCUAUCCGAUCAGAAUGCCAUUUGAUGUCUUCCUUUUCAGAUACAAGUCCCUGCUAGGCCUCAAACAGCCUCCUCCUGCCAAUGGUGAAAACUGUGUCAUCAUGUUGAGGAAGCUUUGUCCUGUUAGACCAGGAGCAUUUCAAGUUGGUGUCACCAAGUUGUUCGUGAAAGAGGACAUAUACUUCCUGUUGGAGAGCAAGAGGGACAGAGUAAGGCAUGUAGCUGCCCUGACUCUGCAGCGUUAUGUCAGGAUGUUCUUUGUGAGAAAACGUUAUAUGGCCUUCCGCAUGAAGAUCAUACGCCUGCAGGCCCACUGCCGAGGCUUUCUCACAAGGAAACGGUAUGUGAAAAUGAGAGCUAGUCUGGUGAAAUUCCGCUCUCUGAUCCAUAUGUACGUUGAUCGCAAGAGAUACAUCAAGGAGCUGUCUAAACGGGAAGUGGUCAACGUCACUCAUCUGGUCAUUCCAGCUGAACUCGGAGCAUUGCUGCAAGCAGCUGCCGGUGGCAGAGAGCUCCAUUCUGAUUGCUUGGCUUUAGUUCAGGCUCCCACAGUUCAGGUGGAGUCACAGCUCACGCUACCUCUUGAUAUCAACAACUACACCAUCUCCAAAUUUGUCCAGAUUCACUUCAAAGAGGCAAAGUUUGGAAUGUUAACUGCACCUUUGAAGACACCACUAACCCACAUUGAUGACGAUCUUACACAUGACGCUCUAGAUGUCUUUGUCAUGAUCUUGAGGUUUAUGGGUGACCCACAUCUAAAUGGUGCUCAGGAGAAUUUAUUUGGAAACUACAUCAUCCAGAAGGGGCUUACCAUCCCUGGCUUGCGGGAUGAAAUCUUAUGUCAAACUGCCAAUCAGGUUUGGAGAAACACCAAUCCAGAUAACUCGGAGAGAGGCUGGCUGUUGCUGCUAGCCUGCCUGAGUGCCUUUGCACCAUCAGCCAAAAUGGAGAAAUACCUUCUGAAGUUUGUCUCAGAUCAUGCCUAUAAUGGAUUCAAAGCUGUUGGCCAACACAAGCUCAUUCAAGCCAUGCAAAAGUCCCUGUAUGGACCGGAGACAGCGAGGACUUACCCAUUGUCCCUUCUGGAAUGGACAGCCAAUAGGAAGAAAGCAAACAUGGUUUUGCAAGUGCACUGUUUUGAUGGGACAUCUUUCCUUUGCCCUGUGCACUCCUGGACGAGUGGGGAGGAGCUGGCUGGAGAUAUUCUACAGCAUAGGGGUGUGACGGAGGCCUGGAAGGGGUGUUCUGUUAUCAUGAAGGAGCACGGACAGUGGGCGGAGCUCGCAGGGCAUGAUUAUGUAAUGGACUUGAUCGCAGACAUGGAACUGAUGAGAAAUUUUCCCAAGCAAAAGUCCUACUUCAUCAUCUCCGCUGAGAGUCCCACCAGAACUAGGCCCAAUGCCAGCCUGGCUCUGUUUGGAAGCGGGUUUGAUUCUGAUGAUGACAGCUCACUUCUGCUCCCCCAGACAAUGCCAAGCUCCAGUCUGCCAGAUUCAGAUGGAUAUUACAGCCACGAAUCAGACUUCAGUGAAGCACCAACUCAGAAAGGCAUGGACAGAUAUCUCGACAGCCUGUUUGACCCAGUUCUGUCUGAUGGUAAUGGGGAUUUUGAGAAGUCAUCCAGCAUGUCCAGCCGUAUGAAGGGAGCUGGUGGAAUUGGAGGGCAGGAUGGUGACAGAGAGAAGCCCCUCUCCAGCAGGCCUUAUCCCCCCGGACUGCAGCCCGGUGCGGUGCCAGUUCUACCUGUUAUGGGAGGAACAAUGAUGCCACCUAUACCUAUGCCAGCUAUGUCUUCUGUGCCUCAUGCACACGCCCCUACCGCCGUACCUUCAGUACCCCCUAUGCCAGCUUUGCCUGCUAUGCCACCUUUGCCAGCUGUGCCUAAUGUGCCACCAAUGCCUGAUAUGUCAGGUGUAGAUCCAGCUGUCUUAGCACAGCAGCAGCAAGCCAUCAUCAACCAGCAAGCGAUUAUACUGGCUCAGCAGAUGACAAUGCAAGCCAUGGCCCUCCAGCAGCAGAUGUAUAAUUCAGUGCCAGCUCCCCGCUCCAGCCAGUACAGCCCCAUUAAACAAGAAACUGGACCUGUUUCCUACAAACCAACCCGUGCUUCUCCACCACAGAAAUCUUCACAGCGACAGUACAGCCCAACUAGAAGGGAUCCACCAGCGGGAGAUGUGGUGCGAGCCACUGUCUCAAACUCUGAACAUUUAGAGCCAAGUCACAACAUCAAAGACAUUAUCAAGCAGUACCAGGCAAACCCUGUAAAACCAACAGAGAUUGCAAGGCGGGAAGCUAAAGUGUUUUUGAAGAAACCAGACCCCCAUGAUGAAGCUAUUAUGAUUCUUAAGGACCAGAUGAGUGCUCCACCUCCACAGUAUGUUGGUAUCCCACACAACCAGCGAAAGAAAACCUACACCCCAGUCUCUCCCUCAUCAUCUGCAAAGAAGUAUGAUUAUGAUGGUGGGGCACUGAAACCAACAAAAAGCAUCAAGAUGCAGCGAUCACCUCCUGUGCCAGCUGUUAGUCAGAGAUUCCCGGCACCUGCACCUGUAUCUAGAGAACUUCCAGUAGAAGAGGAGAAUAUUCAGACUCAGCUGCACAAGAGGAGCAGUGAAGAGCACUACACCUACACUAAUGUACCAUGGAAGAUCUACUUGAGAAAAGAGGUUUUUUAUCCAAAAGACAGCUUCAACCACCCGCUGAUGUUAGACCUGUUGUUCAAGCAGAUUGUCCAUGACACGUUCUCAGAGGCUUGCAUUCGCAUUACAACAGAAGAAAGGCAGAAGAUGAAAUGCCUUUUUGUGGAGCACAACAUUGACAUGAAUGCCACAAUCCAGGAUGAGAAUGUGAAGAAGAAGAUUGUGGUUGCUGCAAGAGACACCUGGGAGAUCUACUUCUCACGCCUCUUCCCAGCAUCCGGCAGUGUUGGCACAGGAGUCCAGGUGCUGUCUGUAUCUCAUAGAGGGAUCAAGCUUUUGAAAAUGGUCAGGAGCAGUGCGGUAGCUCCAGACUACUUCAGAGUUCUGCGACCCUACAGCUACACAGACAUCAUGUUCGUCACCAUUCCUUCCAAAAACAUGCUGGAGUUCAACCUCACCAAUGAGAAACUGAUUCUGUUCUCUGCCAAAGCUCCUCAGGUCAAAACCAUGAUUGACUACUUUAUCACAGAGCUGAAAAAGGACUCAGACUAUGUCGUUGCUGUGCGUAAUUACAUUACAGAUGACAGAACGCUGCUGAGUUUCCACAAGGGAGACAUCAUACGCUUGCAGAAAAUGGAAGGCCUAGAUGCAGGCCAGUGUUAUGGUUGCAUAGUGAAAAAGAAGGUGAUUCUCCUGGAGGAAUUAAAAAGAGACACACCUGAUUUUGGCUGGAAGUUUGGGGCCAUUCAUGGGCGAUCUGGGGUUUUUCCUGUGGAGUUUGUUCAGCCAGUGGCUGCUCCUGACUUCAUUAACAUUCCUGUGGACAAGAAAGAGGAACCCAAGAAUAAGCAGGGUCGCGUGGCCGCCUCAGCAGCUGUGGCAGUGGCUGUAGGGUCUGCCGCCGCAGCCCAUGAACUCGACCGGUCUAUUGAGGUGGCGUCUCCUGUCAGUGAGUAUGCAGAGGCUUACGCAGACAGCGCUGACAUGGACAUCGAUGAGAGAAUCUUGCAAGACAGCCAAUACAACAUGGUGGAAUUUGCAAAGAGAUAUUUCAGAGGGGCCCAGAGAAAAAAUGGUGAUUCAUAUAAGAAAAAGUCAAAGAAAACAAAGGAAUCCAGGGAACCAUCAGAAAUGGUGAAAUUUUCCAAGUCUCCAAUUCAAGAGUCCCUAAUCGAGUUCACCGAUGAAAACAUGAACAAAGUAGCAGCAGAGAUUUUUCUUGCUAUAAUGAAGUUUAUGGGAGACUACCCUAUGAAAAGCCAGAUGGAGCAGGAGGUUGUGAGCACCUUCCUAAGGCUGAGUGGCGAGUAUGGACUACUGAGAGAUGAAGCGUACUGCCAAGUCCUCAAGCAGAUCACAGUGAACACCAGCUCCAAGACGGAGAGUUGUCAGAGAGGCUGGAGGCUGCUGUACAUCCUCACUGCAUACUACAAGUGUUCAGAGGCGCUCAAACCUUACCUGCUGAGGUACCUCCUAGACGUCUGUGCAAGUCCAGGGGUGCACUUUCAAGGCAUUUCCAAGGCUUGUGAGCAGAACCUAAGGAAGACGUUCCAGUAUGGUGGACGUGUUGAACAUCCUGAUGGGAUGGAACUGAAAGCUAUGCUGGCUGGAAGGAGCUCCAAACGCCAGUUGUUUCUUCUUCCUGGUGGAAUUGAACGCCAUCUAAAGAUCAAAACCUGCUCAGUGGCUUUGGAUGCCAUCGAAGAGCUGUGCUAUGAGAUGGGUCUGCAUAAACUUGAAGCCUUGGAUGAAUAUGCUAUAUUUGUGGUCACAAACAGAGGUCAGAAUGUCUGCCCUCUAAACAAAAGGGAGUACAUCUUGGAUGUUGCUACAGAAGCUGAACAUGUUGAUAGCAACUACAGUCUGUGGUUUCGAAGAGUGAUCUGGACGCAGCCACUGAAGUUUGACAAUGAGCUUGGAGUCACUAUGCAUUACAAUCAGGUGUCCCCUGACUACUUGAAAGGGCUGCUCAAUGUUGUCCCACAGGGUAAAGCCAGUGAGCAGCAGCUACAGCAAGUGUCAAAACUGGCAGCUCUGCAACAUCGUGUCAAGGACUCGAUCUACCUGCCCACCUUCCAUGAGGUUCAGGAGUAUAUCCCCACCCAGCUCUUCGGUCUCCAGCGGCACCAGCAAUGGUUAAACAUGGUGACCCAGCACACGCAGCAGGUGCAGCCCCUCACUCCUCAUCAGGCCAAAGCACAAUUUCUGGGGCUUGUGAGUGCUUUUGUCAUGUUUGGCUCAUCAUUCUUCUACAUACAGAGUAGCAGUAAUAGUGCUAUCGACACCCCAUGCAUACUGGCUGUCAAUCAAAAUGGUCUGAACUUUCUAAGAAAAGAUACUCAUGAGCCGAUGGUGAAGUUUCCGCUGAAGGAGGUCCAGUCCACCCGUACACAGAGGCCCGCAGCUGGCUCCAGUUACCCGUAUGUGGAGAUAAUGCUGGGUGACCUAAUGUCUCAACGCAUUACACAGUUACAGCUGGACCAGAGUCUUGAGCUGUGCCGUGUUAUCGCCAUGCAUAUGGAGAACCUGCUGUCAGUACGAGAGAAGAGACUUACUCUGCCGCCCAGUGAAAUCACUCUGCUCUAGCACCCCUUCUCACAGAUGAUAUUUAUUAUUACUUUUAUGGCAAUAAUUGCAAUCAGACACUAUUAAACUCCUACACGUCGAAAGUCAGCUGUCAUUAUUGAUAGUGCAAUAUGCCUGUUUGCAAUUUCAAACCCAAGUUCCAGGAUUAGCUUGUUAUGCACAAUAAUUUGCAUGCAUUCCUUUAGGUUGAACAUAUGGGCCUAUAAUUUAAAAUGGUAUAGUACUACCUCUA